GGAAGGUUUUAGUGUAGAAAAAACCUUUGACCUAAAGCCCGGAGCUGCUGAGUCCUCCGAAUUCUGGCUGUCUCUUCAGUUUGGUGGAUACGUAGUACAAGAGAAUCCGUCCAGAGGCACGGCAGCCAGCUCGGCCUCAGAUGCCAUGCCGUCGUGUUUCACCUCGGAUUUCCCCCACUCCCAUUCUGCACCUGCUCGACUCUCCUCUGUCACCGUGCAGGACAAGCUCUCCAGGUUCCUGUCUCAACCGUCUUCAUAUCCCUCUUGAUGCUGCAGCUUCCAGAUGGAAUGACCCCAACACUCACCAGCUUCAGCUCUGGAGCAGAGGAGGAAGAGCAGCAGGGGGAGACGAAGAUGAUGCAUCUUCUCAGAGAGACCAUCCAGGACAGAGGUUCCCCCAGAGAUGCCCUCUGUUUUGCUGGAGACAAGGUUGAGUCCUGAACUCCUGAGUCUUGGCUUCAGGGAUGAGCUCUCAAGCCUGGUGCCUCAUCUGUGGUGGGAGAUGGAGGGAUCAUGUCUUUCCCAGGGUCUGAUGGCUGGCAACAAAAUCAAGUCACUAGGCCUUUUCUGCCUGCAGAGAACCUUCUGGAACAUAAAGGCCUUCGCCUUGAGUAGGAAGCAGGAAAACAGAAGUCGUCCACAGUGUCAAGAUUUCACUGAGAGUUUGCUGGGGCUCAAGUGACCUGAGAGCGUAAUGGGGCUCAAAGUCUGGCAGGAGGAAGCACCAGCAGCAACUGACUGGGCAGACUUCCCAGGAAGAUGCAGCCACUCCUGCUCCUGGUGGUCCUUCUCCUGCUGCCCAGGGCUAGGGCAGGGCAGAUCAUCGGAGGCCAAGAGGCCAGGCCCCAUUCCCACCCUUACAUGGCAUAUGUUCAGAUCCGAACUCCACGUCUGAAAACUUGUGGGGGGUUCCUGGUGCGAGAAGACUUUGUGGUGACAGCAGCUCACUGCUUGGGAAGCCAAAUAAGUGUCAUCCUGGGGGCCCACAACGUCAGUAGGUUGGAAAGGACUCAGCAGCGCAUACCGGUGCUCAGAGCCAUCCCCCACCCCAGGUACAAUCCGCAGAACCACCGGAAUGACAUCAUGUUACUGCAGCUGAGGAGCAGAGUCAGACGUAAUCGAGCUGUGAGGCCGGUGGCUCUGCCUCAGACCCAGAACAGGCUGCGUCCUGGGACCCUGUGCACCGUGGCCGGCUGGGGCCUUGUCGGCCUGAACACGAGAACAGACACUCUCCAGGAUGUACGGAUCAGAGUGCAGAGGGGUGAGGAGUGCAGGAGGCGCUUCAUGUUCUACACUGGCCGAACACAGAUUUGUGUGGGCGACCCAAGAGAGCGGAAAUCCGCCUUCCUGGGGGACUCCGGGGGCCCCCUUGUGUGUAACAACGUGGCCCAGGGCAUCGUCUCCUACGGAAACAGGAUUGGGACUCCUCCAGCAGUCUUCACCAGGAUUUCCAGCUUCCUGCCCUGGAUACGGAGAACGAUGAGACGCUUCAAAGAGUGGGGGCUGGAGUGACACGCCCUGUCACUGACUCCCCUUCUCUGGGGCAGAGCCCAGAUCCAGGGCGGUUCCCAGAGCCUUAAUAAACAUUCACAUCUAGAGUGGAAAUAA